AAUAGAAUUGGCGUAAUAAGAGAUACAACAUCAUAUUAUGUAUGUAGAGCACCACCACAAAACACCUCCAAAUUCUUGCUCACCUCUUCAUUUUUUCCUUCUCUCUCUCUAACGUUACAAAGAGGCUGCGCUAAAUUAAAUUAAAUUAAAAAAUAAAUUAAGGAUUUUUUAACUGUAAUCAUUUCUCCAUUGGUUCGGUUCUUCGAUUAGAUCUGUUCGCUUUUCCCUUUUCUGAAGGGAAGAGAUUUUCACAGAGGGGAUGAAGCGUUUGCGAGACGAUGCAUAUGUGAAUCCUCAAACUAAAAGGCCGUUCGGACCUUCUUCUCGCGGAGAAUCGUAUGGGCUGCCAAAUACGGUUGUAGGAGGUGGAGGUGGAGCUGGAGAUGGCAGCGGCGGGGGAGGCGGCACUGUUAAUGGUGGUGUUGGUGAAGGAGGCGGUGGCGGUGGCGGUGGCGAUGACGGCGGGGGUGGCGGCGGGACUGUUAAUGGUGGUGGAGAAAGUGUCACUGAUGCAGCUGUUGACCCCGGCAGUGCUCAAAAACUCACCACCAAUGAUGCUUUAACUUAUUUGAAGAACGUUAAGGAUAGGUUCCAGGAUCAAAGGGAAAAAUAUGAUAAAUUUCUCGAUGUCAUGAAAGAUUUCAAGGCUCAAAGAAUCGAUACCGCUGGUGUCAUAGCUAGGGUGAAAGACUUGUUUAAAGGGCAUCCUAAUCUAAUACUUGGGUUUAACACAUUCUUGCCUAAGGGAUAUGAAAUUACCCUCACCGAUGAAGAAGAGGCUCCACCAAAAAGAACCGUUGAGUUCGAAGAGGCUAUCAGUUUUGUCAAUAAGAUAAAGAAGCGUUUUCAAAGCGAUGAUCACGUUUAUAAAUCUUUCCUGGACAUUUUGAAUAUGUACCGGAAGGAACAUAAGGGUAUAACGGAGGUCUACCAAGAGGUUGCAGCACUUUUUGGUGACCAUCCAGACCUUCUUGAAGAGUUCACAAGAUUUCUGCCCGAUACAUCAGCCACAGCCUCAGCUUCUCAUGCUUCUUUAGGCCGCCACCGUUAUGAGGAGAGGAGCUCAGCUAACCCCACCAUGCGGCAGCCUAACAUAGAUAAGCAACGGUCAAGGAGUGACAAGAUCAUUGAUCCCCAUGGGGAACGAGAUCUUAGUGUUGAGCGUCCUGAAAUGGACGAUGAUAAAACAGCUGUAAAGUUGAACAAGGAGCAGAAGAAGAAUACUGAGAAGGAAAAUAAAGAUAAGAGAAACCUUGACCAGGAUGAAAGAGAUCCUGCCGCUGAAAACGGGGACACUAGCACACAUCGGCUUUUGGAGAAAAAGAAACCUGCUCGAAAAGUUGAAGACUUUGGGGGGAGCUCGAAUUUUGUCAACUAUGAUUUCAAAGAUUCAACAAAAAGUAUGUACAGUCAGGAAUUUAGUUUCUGCGAGAAAGUCAAAGAGAGGCUGAGCAGUGCAGAUGAUUACCAGGCAUUCUUAAAAUGCCUUCACAUUUACAGUACAGAAAUCAUUACAAGAACGGAAUUGCAGAGUUUGGUUGCUGAUUUAAUUGGAAAAUAUCCCGAUCUUAUGGAAGGGUUCCAUCAAUUUUUAGAGCGCUGUGAGCUAAAGGAUGGAUUUCUAUCUGGUGUUAUGGGCAAAAAAACCUUAUUGGAUGAAGGUAAUUCUUCAAAAGCUCCACGGGUAGAGGAAAAGGACAAAGAACAAAAGCGUGAAGUGGAAGUAGGAAAAGAGAAGGAUAAAUACAAUUUGAAGUAUUGGGGGAAGUCCAUUCAAGAGCUUGACCUCUCUAAUUGCGAUCGCUGCUCUCCUAGUUAUCGUCGUCUUCCCGAAGAUUAUCCAAUACCUUUAGCCAGCCAGAGAUCAGAGCUUGGUUCCCAUGUUCUAAACGAUCAUUGGGUAUCUGUGACAUCUGGCAGUGAGGAUUACUCGUUUAAACACAUGCGGAGAAACCAAUAUGAAGAAAGCCUGUUUAGAUGUGAAGAUGAUAGGUUUGAGCUAGAUAUGUUGUUGGAGUCUGUCACUGCAACUGCCAAAAAAGUAGAGGAGUUCUUGAAUGGUAUUAAUAAUAAUACAAUUGGUUCUGACAGUCCCAUACGGGUUGAAGACCAUCUCUCAGCUCUGAAUUUGAGAAGCAUUGAACGCCUGUAUAGUGAUCAUGGUCUUGAUGCAAUGGAUGUUUUGCGUAAGAAUCCAUCUGUUGCAUUGCCAGUUAUCCUCACCCGCCUUAAGCAGAAGCAGGAGGAAUGGAGUAGGUGUCGUUCGGAUUUCAACAAAAUUUGGGCUGAAAUAUAUUCUAAGAACCAUUACAAGUCUCUUGACCACCGGAGCUUCUAUUUCAAGCAACAAGAUUCCAAGAACUUGAGCACAAAAUCUUUAGUGACCGAGAUCAAAGAAAUCAAGGAGAAAAGACAAAAAGACGACGACGUGCUUCAUAUUGCCGCUGGAAGUAGGCACUCAAUCGUUCCAGACCUUGAAUUUGAAUAUUCCGAUACCGAAAUUCAUGAAGAUGUUUUCAAGAUUAUCAAAUACUCGUGCGAAGAGGUGUGCUCAACAAAAGAACAAUUGAAUAAAGUUAUAAGGUUAUGGACCAAAUUUCUCGAGCCAAUGCUCAGUGUUCACUCCAGGCCACAUGAUUUUGUCGGUACUGAAGAUAACAGUGUCUCUAAGCAUCAAAUUGCGAAAAACAGCACAAUUGAAAGUGAAGAUAGUCCGAAUACUGAUGCUAUCCCCUCGAGCUUGAAGCAACCAAAGUCUAACUGCAACAGUGAUUUUACUACAUCACCUCAACAAGCUAAAGAAUGGCUUUCCGUGUCUGUCGGUGAAAGAUUAACUAACUCUAACGCAGCUGUUGCUUCUGGACCAGAUGUUAAUCAUGUUCAAGGUGCAACCUCCUCGCGCGUGAUUAAUGGUCACAUCGAGGAAAGCAAUGGAUCCAAACCUAUUGCAGUGGAGAUUCUCCCUUCUAAGGUUUCCGAUACACUGAGAUUGAAUCAAUCGACAAAUGGAGAGUUUGCAGAAGGCCUUAGUAAAAACGAGAAAGAAGAGGGUGAACUUUCCCCUAUUUGCGACACCGAAGAUAAUUUUGGUGCCUAUGAGGAUGACAAUUCACAAGUCUUGCCUAAGAAAAAUGGCAUGCCAUGUGAAAUGACCAAUCAUGAAGAGAAUCAUGCAAAUGCUGCUGCGUGUGAAAAUGCCGAUGACGGGGACAGUGAGAAUCUUUCCGAGGCGGCAGAUGCUUCGGGCAGUGAGUCAGCUCCAGAUGAGUGUUCGAGGGAAGAGCAGGCAGAGGAGGAAGAAGAUGGUAAAGCUGAGAGUGAAGGUGACGCUGAGAAUACAAUUGAAGCUCGCUAUACUGGGAUAGAUGGCACAUCUGUGCCUCAGUCUGAAUAUUUUCUCCAGACUUGUAAACCUCUGUCGAAGCACGUGGCUUCUCCAUUAGUUGGCGGCGAGAAAAAGGAUCGUCAAAUUUUCUAUGGAAAUGACGCCUUUUACGUGCUUUUUAGACUCCAUCAGACACUAUAUGAGAGAAUAUUAUCAGCUAAGGUGAAUUCAGUAUCUGGAGAAUCGAAAUGGAGAAUCACAAAGGACGAGAGUUCUGAUACUUACUCCAGGUUUAUAAGUGCUCUAUUUAGCUUACUUGAUGGAUCUUCUGAUAAUACAAAAUAUGAAGAUGAUUGUCGAUCACUGAUUGGAAACCAGUCUUAUAUGCUGUUUACUUUAGAUAAGUUGAUAUAUAAGCUGGUCAAACAGCUUCAAGCUAUUACGGGUGACGAAGUGGACUGUAAGCUUCUUCAGUUGUAUGAAUAUGAAAGUUCUAGAAAGUCAGAGAAGUACGUUGAUUCAGUUUAUUACGAAAAUGCCCAUGUUAUUCUGCACGAGGAGAACAUAUACCGGCUUGAAUGUACAUCUUUUCCCACCCGCUUGUCGAUCCAGUUAAUGGACGAUACAAAUGAGAAGUCCGAAGCAACUGCAGUUUCAGUGGAUCCUAAUUUUGCCGCCUAUCUCCAAAAUGACUAUCUUUCAUCGGUUCAUGGAAAAAAGGAGUCGUCCCCAAUAAUGCUGAAGAGGAAUAUGCGGAAGUAUGCUAGUCUUGACGAAGCUAGUGCUUUCUAUAUGGCUACAGAAAACGUGUUGAUAAUGAAUGGUUUGGAAUGCAAGAUGGCAACAAACUCAUUUAAGAUCUCAUACGUUUUAGACACAGAGGACUACUUUAUUCGUUUAGGGCGGAGAAGAAAGAACAGAUCAUCAAGCAAGGAACAAGCGAGGGUGCAAACGUUUCACCAGUUUUUGUCAGCAUCUCUAUGAUUUGGCAUUCCCUUUUUCACGAUGCCACAUGAGACUUUGCUGGCAAUUUCUCCAUCGAAGAACUGGCAUGUCAGCAAGUUCGUCGAUUUGCGUACGAAGGAAUUAAAUAACUUAUUGGUUUGAUCUGAUCAUGUCGAUGGAACGGAUGCGGUUGAUCUAUCUGUAUAUAAAAGGAUUUGGCCCCGUAAUCUUAAGUGUAGAGUCUUAUGUUUAUUUGAUUGUAUUUAUAACUUUUUUCACAGGCAAAAGGUAGCUCUCUUUUUGUUUCUUACAAUGUUGUAAUAGGUUUGUUUGUAAGUUUCAGGCAGUUGGGAUUCUGCCAGAAAGAUGAUAUAAGAGACAAAGGGUUGGGGAUAGGGUUCUUUUUUUGCCUUCUUGAAAUGUGUAUAUAGAACUCCAUGGGAAAACUCGUGUAAAUGUAUUUUCAACAACCUAUAAUUUCUUGUCUAUUUGAAGUUGAUUUUUUGUGUUCA